AUGCGGGCCAGGCCCCGCGCCACGCCAGGUGGCCUUGCUGCCGUGCCCGCCAUCCCCGCCAGCGAGUGCCUCUGUGCCAGGGGCCGGCGGGGCGGGGGGGGGGCUGUCCGGGGGCACGUCGAGACGCCGGGGUGCCCCAUCCCGGGGGGGCAGGGGGACGCUGGCCAGCGGGACGCCCGGCUGCACCCGGGCACGGCGGGAGUGGGGGGCUGCGGGGUGCUGACGGCCCCUCCUCCCCGGUACAGGUACGCCUGCACGGUGUGUGCCCACCGCCCCGUCUUUGACACCUUGGAGGUGCUGGCAGUGCACCGGGCUGGCAGGAAGCACCUGGACAGCCUGCAGCGCUGCUACGGCAGCGAGCGCUGGCGGGAGGACACCGUGCGGGAGCAGCGGCACGAGGAGCUGGUGGGGGUGGAGGUGGCGGGCGCGCAGGGCUCCCCAGCUCCUUUGCUGGCCCGGACGAGGAGGAUUGCCCAGAGCGCCCUGCUGAAGGCUGCUCCCUACAGCAGCUGCUGCCGGAGGACGGGGGCAGCUGGAAGCGCCGCACGAGGGGCGAGGACCCAGCCGGGGCCGAGCACUGCCCAGGCUCCCUCUCAGGACAGGGACGCCGUGGAGGCCACCCCUGCAGCCCUGCUGCCCGGGCACCGCAGCAGGCAGGCAGGCGCGCUGAAGGCAGCUUCCACCCACCCCUCGCGAGGCAGAAAAGGGAAGGCAGCAUCGUCGUCACCUCCGAGUCAGCCUGAGGCCCUCAGCCCUGCGAGGCGCCAGGCGCUGGAGCGAUACCUGCAGCUGCGGAGCGCCGGCUGGAUCCAGGAUCGCUCUGGCAAGUGGGUGAAGGACGAGAACGCUGAAUUUGACUCCGAUGAGGAUGAGCCGCCUGCGCUGCUGCCAGCCUGAGGUCCCUGACCCCCAAGGCUGCCCCCGACCCCUCUGCGUGCCACGAGAACGGAGGCAGCUGGAGACAACGGAGGUGUUCCAACCACCGGGGCAGGUCCCGGAAAACAUGGUGUGGCCCUGGGGGUCCCCUCGUUCUCUGUUCCCAGGGUGCACUUUUUUGGGUGUCCCCAUCCUGGCCAGAGCACUGUGAUCUCAGCUUGGAUUUUG